UCAGCAGAUCCAAGAUGGCGGGCGCGCCGUACGGUCCAAAUCCUGUGGAAGAAGCUCGAAAACAUUUGGCUGAGUUAGCAAAGCGACCUCCAUUGCCCCCAGAACAGUGCGGCGGUUUGAUUAGAGAUCCUGCUAUUGAAAGGUUUGGUUGGAUCAGAGAAAACUCUGACAAAUAUUUCAGGUUCAGGCCGCGCAGUGUGUUCUAUUGUGUGAUAGCUUGCUUGGUUGUACCUGGAACAUUAUAUCUUGGCAUUAAGAAAAUGCAGAGAGAUAAAGACAUUAAGGCAGGACGAAAACCAAGAGAUUUCCUUUAAUUGAUUCRUGUCUUAUUUGUUUCAUUGAUUUGUCGAUGAUGAUGUUUUGUAAAGGCYAUAAGUGUAAAUAUACUGGUGAAAAAAUUGA